CAUGACCGACACUCUGCUGCCCGCGGCCCCUCAGCCGCUGGAGAAGGAGGGCGACGGCUACUUUCGGAAGGGUUGCAAUCCCCUCGCACAGACUGGCCGGAGCAAACUGCAGAAUCAGAGGGCUGCCUUGAACCAGCAGAUCCUGAAAGCCGUGCGGAUGAGAACGGGAGCGGAGAACCUUCUGAAAGCAGCCACGAACCAAAAGGUACGGGAGCAGGUGCGCCUGGAACUGAGCUUCUUGAACUCAGACCUGCAAAUGCUUAAGGAAGAGCUGGAGGGGCUCAACAUCUCGGUGGGAGUCUAUCAGAGCACAGAGGAGGCGUUUACGAUUCCCCUGAUUCCACUUGGCCUGAAGGAAACCAAGGACGUUGACUUUUCAGUCGUUCUCAAGGAUUUUAUUCUGGAACAUUACAGUGAAGAUAGCUACCUCUAUGAAGAUGAAAUAGCAGAUCUGAUGGAUCUGAGACAAGCCUGUCGGACGCCCAGCCGAGAUGAGGCUGGGGUCGAGCUGCUGAUGAGUUACUUCAUCCAGCUGGGGUUUGUUGAGAGCCGAUUCUUCCCACCCACCCAACAAAUGGGAAUCCUGUUUACCUGGUAUGACUCCCUCACGGGGGUUCCGGUUAGCCAACAGAACUUGCUGCUGGAGAAGGCCAGCAUUCUGUUUAACAUUGGAGCCCUCUACACACAGAUCGGGACCCGGUGCAAUCGACAGACAGAAGCCGGGCUGCAGAGCACAGUGGAUGCCUUUCAGAGAGCCGCAGGGGUUUUAAACUACCUGAAAGAGACAUUUACUCACACUCCAAGUUACGACAUGAGUCCCGCCAUGCUCAGCGUGCUGGUCAAAAUGAUGCUCGCGCAAGCCCAAGAAAGCACAUUUGAGAAAAUCUGCCUUGCUGGGAUCCAGAACGAGUUCUUCAUGCUGGUGAAGGUGGCUCAGGAGGCUGCCAAGGUGGGAGAGGUCUAUCGGCAGCUGCACACGGCCAUGAACCAGGAGCCAGUGAAGGAGAACAUCCCAUAUUCCUGGGCCAGCUUGGCCUGCGUGAAGGCCCACCACUAUGAAGCCCUGGCCCACUACUUUACAGCCACCCUCCUCAUCGACCACCAGUUGAAGCCUGGCACAGAUGAGGACCACCAGGAGAAGUGCCUGUCCCAGCUCUAUGACCACAUGCCAGAGGGGAUGACGCCCUUGGCCACGCUGAAAAACGUCCACCAGCGCCAGCAGCUGGGCAAGUCCCACCUGUGCCGAGCUGUUACCCAUCACGAGGAGUCCGUGAGGGAGGCCAGCCUGUGCAAGAAGCUCCGGAACAUUGAGGUGCUGCAGGAGGUGCUGUCUGCGGCACACCAGCGGUCCCGGCUCAAGUACACUCAGCUCCGUGAGGACGAUGACCUGCUGAACUUUAUCGACGUUCCCGACAUCAACUCUAAAACUGAGCGAGAGGUUGAAAUUAUACUGCCACAGUUCUCCAAGGUGACAGUAACGGACUUCUUCCAGAAGCUGGGCCCUUUAUCUGUGUUUUCGGCUAAUAAGAGAUGGACGCCUCCUCGAAGCAUUCACUUCACUGCAGAAGAAGGAGACUUGGGGUUCACCCUGAGAGGAAACUCCCCGGUUCAAGUCCACUUCCUGGAUCCGUACUGCUCUGCUGCGGUGGCAGGAGCCAAGGAAGGGGAUUAUAUUGUUUCCAUUCAAGACGUGGAUUGUAAGUGGCUGACUGUGAGUGAGGUUAUGAAGCUGCUGAAGAGAUUUGGCCAGAACGACAUUGAGAUGAAGGUCGUGAGCCUCCUGGAUGCCACGUCGUCCAUGCAUAGUAAAUGUGCCACAUACUCUGUGGGAAUGCAGAAAACGUACUCCAUGAUCUGCUUAGCCAUAGAUGAUGAUGAUAAAACUGAUAAAACCAAGAAAAUCUCGAAAAAGCUGUCCUUUUUGAGUUGGAGCGCCAAGAACAGACAGAAGUCGGCGAGCACCUUGUGCCUCCCGUCGGUCGGGGUCAGGGUUGCGGGGCCUCCGGUCAAGAAGAAGCUCCCCUCUCCGUUCAGCCUUCUCACCUCCGACAGUUCUUUGUACUAACGUGAGGAAGCAAAAGCGUUUCCCAUGCUGACUGGGCCUUCAUAUUUGUGCCAUAGCGGCAAAUGUCUAAAAUAGUCUCAAAUCCCAUUCUCUCGCAGCGUAAACCUACGAUUGAUAUGUUUUUAUGAAUGACAGUCACCAGAAACCUCUAGAAGUUUGUGGAAAACAAACUGAUUAGGGGAGUCUCACCAUAUUGCUGCAAGUUAUUUAUUAUAUAAAGUAUUGUAAAUAGAAUAAUGUGGAAAUAUGGCUGUUUUUAACGACUAUCAUUAAGACUCUCAGUUACUUACUAUCAGAGUUAAAUUAGGAUUUCCUAUACUGGCCCUAUUUGUAAGUUUCCAGACUUGGGUGAUAGAUAGAUAAUUCCUUAACUCAGAAUUCAGAUGACCCCAGACUAAGGCAGGGCAAGGGACAAUAAUGACAGACUUAAAUGAGUGUUACUAAAAACUGUCCCAAAGAGCUCCUUCCUAAGGGGAAUUCAUUAACCUAAAACAACAAGAUUUUACUAUGAUUUCUAAAUAAUAUGAAUGCUGUUUCCAGAUAAAGUCUAGUGCCAAAUUUGUCAUGACUUAUUAGAUAAAAAACCAUUUAGGAGCAACUUUUCU